AUGUGUGAAGUUGCUCUUGCGUUACAGGUUCACAUUGAUCUCAGGUCACAAAGGAAAUCCAUUGAGCCGAUGGUCAUGAUUUGGCUUCAUCAUUUGGUUUGGUUAUUGCAGUAUGUUUUCAUGGCCAUGAGUGCAGGACAUGGAUUGAUGAUGAUGAUCAAACAAGGCUGCAAGUCGACUCGGCUUAUGCAGGGCAAAGCAGUGUUCAUGGUCAAGGUUUGUGAGCUACUGCAGGGCGUUUCCAUGGCUUCAUUGCAACCUCUGAUAUGGUUUCCUCAGCCUCCAGCUGCUUCAAUUCCCCCUCAUGUUCCAUACGCACAUCAACCAUUAUUUCCCGUACAGAAUGUGAGGCCUCCAAUGCCAUCAACUAAUUCACCCGCAUUUCAAACUCAGAUUACUCCUCCCGGACUGCCAACAUCUACACCUGUUGUCUCAGUUUCACAGCCUUUAUUUCCCGUUGUUGGAAAUAAUCACACAACUGCUCAAAGUUCACCAUUUUCUGCUGCACCUCUGUCAUCAGCUGUUCCAUCAGUAACUCCUGUAUUUUCUUCAAAUGUCCCUAUUGAUGCACAUUUGGGCAUCAACUCUUCUGUGACAAGUAAUUAUCAAGCAAUAGGGCUUCAAGGCGGGACAGCAAGUAACUCACGUUCUUAUGCGUCUGGCCCAAAUACCGGUGGUCCUUCAAUUGGACCUCCCCCAGUAAUCUCAAACAAAGCUCCUGCUUCUCAGCCUGCCACUAAUGAAGUCUACUUAGUUUGGGAUGACGAGGCAAUGUCCAUGGAGGAAAGAAGAAUGUCUUUAACAAAAUAUCAGGUGCAUGAUGAAAGUAGCCAGAUGAGCUCUAUUGACGCAGCCAUAGAUAAGAGGAUACUUGAAAGCAGACUGGCUGGGCGUAUGGCAUUUUAGGUCAAUCUCAUCCUUGUACACUUGUCAAAUUUCUUCUAGCAUAUGGGCUGAAAAUGGCAUUUUAUUAAGCUUCUGAAAACCAGCAUUCAACAUUUUCCUUGAAUUAAUUGAUGAAGUUGCCGUUCUUUGCUAAAAUGGGCAAAAUAGCCCUUCAGUCAUAUUUGAAAUAGAUUUGUGACAAUAUUUAGGCAUGGGAAGUUGCAGACUUUGUUUAUUUAUAUUUUCCUACUUGUAUUCAAACUUUAGGACAUGAUAUAUCUCUUGUAUACUUUUAUUUACAUGUCUUGAUUUUGGGAGAAAAUGACUGCAUUUCUUCUUUAU